AUGCUUUGGCCGUCGGCGGCGAAGCGAAUGGCGGCGGAGACAGUGACGAAGAGUGGCGCGAUCGUGGAGAAAGGCUACGUGUACGAAGAAGAGACGCAUCUCACCGUGCUGAAAACUUCUCUCUUUUUCGCCGGCGAUGACUUCACUGCUUAUGAUUGCAAAGGCGCUCUCUUCUUCCGAGUCGAAUCGUACGGCCCCGACGGCGGCGAUACUGGCGAAGUCGUUCUCAUGGAUGGCUCCGGCAGAUGCAUCCUCACCGUCCGCCGCAAGAGGCCGAGUCUGCACCAGCGGUGGGAGGGCUUCGUCGGCAAGGGAUCAGAGGGGAAGAAGGCGCUGUUCAGCUUGCGGAGAUCGUCGAUAAUCGGACGGUCGAGCAUGACGGUACAGGUGUACACCAACCCCAGCGAGGAGUACCAGAUCGAAGUCUCCUUCGCGUGCCGAAACUGCAACAUUCUGGCCUCGGAUAAGGAGAUCGUGGCUGAGAUCCGGCGCAAGGUGGACGCAUCCACAUCCAUGCUCUUUGGCAAGAGCAUAGAUACUAAGCAUCUAGCCGUUGAGAUUAAACUUCAAACUCACUGA